CAGUUCACAUAUACACAGACACAGAGUUACACGCUGCUUUUCCCUGAAGAUCACUACAUGGGGACUAGAACCUGAGAACACACACACACACACAAGAGUUACUCAAGUAGGGCUUUGCCCAGAUAAAAAGCCAUCCUGCAUCUUGGACCUGGAGGUACCAUGGCAGACAUAGAUGCAAGCAACCGACUCAAAGACACCAAGUCCACCGAAACAUUAACCAGACUGGUUCACCGAAACGUCAAUAACACCAAAACUGCAGAAAUGAAUGACUGGGAGAAACAUGCUGAGGACUUGGAUUUGAUUCAGUGGAAGAACCAUGUACAGCAAGUUAAGAGCGAGGUCCUGGAACAGAUGCAGAGCCAGCUCAGUGACCUGCUGGACAAGGCCCUAACAGAGUCCUUCCAGAAAUUCAUACAGAAUGGGCACUACGUCACGAAGGACGGGACAGCCUUAGCCAAUAGCACCAAUCCAAACAGAACACAUAUGGAAAAAGAUGGAAAAAUAUUUAUGGAACGACGAUCCAUUCUAGAUGAGCUAUUUGAGAUCAACCACAUCAGGACCAUAUAUCACAUGUUCAUAUCCGUCCUCUUCCUCUUCAUCAUCAGUACACUGGCUGUGGACUACAUCGACCAGGGAAGACUGGUUCUUGAAUUUGAUCUGUUGUUCUAUGCCUUUGGUAAGAUGCACACAGUAGUGUGGGCAUGGUUGUUGAUGUUCAGCUACACCCUAGCUGUUCCGUACUACACCCUUACUCUAUGGGGAUCCCUGGGACCCCCGCAGCCCCCUGAGGCUGGUGCAGACGCUGGGGUGCCCGGGCUGGUUCUCUGCAUCCUGCAGGCUGCCAUCCUGGGGGUCUUCCCUGUAUAUGUCGUCUUUCAUUACCAGCUACCUCCAGCCUCUCGAUUCAUCAUGAUAUUGGAACAGAUUCGUUUCCUGAUGAAAAGUUACUCUUUCAUUCGAGAGAAUGUCCCAGCCAUCCUGAACCACAAUGCAAAAGAAGGAGAGGGGCCCAAGUUCCCAAAGUUCUCCAGCUAUCUAUAUUUCCUGUUUGCUCCCACCUUGAUCUACAGAGAGUCCUACCCGAGAAAUCCCAAAAUUAGAUGGAACUACGUUGGCGUAACAUUUCUUAAGAUUCUGGGAUGCCUCUUUUAUGGCUAUUUCAUUCUGGUCAGACUGUGCGUCCCUGUCUUCAUGAAUAACAGCAACACACCUUUCAGCACCAGAACACUUGUCCUGGCCUUGUUCCACGCUACACUGCCAGGCAUGUUAAUGCUACUUCUGGCGUUCUUUGCAUUCCUCCAUUGCUGGCUGAACGCAUUUGCUGAGAUGCUACGCUUCGCAGACAGGAUGUUUUAUAAGGACUGGUGGAACUCAACAUCGUUUGCCAACUACUACAGGACCUGGAAUGUGGUGGUUCAUGACUGGCUCUAUUGCUACGGAUACAGAGAUUUCCUCUUGCUGUCCAGGAAGAAGUUCCGUACGGCGGCCAUGUUGUCAGUGUUUGCUGUGUCGGCAUUGGUCCAUGAAUAUGUUUUCACAUUGGGCUUCGGAUUUUUCUACCCCGUCAUGUUCUGCCUAUUUGCUUUUUUCGGAGUUGCAUUUAAUUUCACCCUGAAUGACAAGAGGAAGAGUCCUGUAUGGAACAUCAUGAUGUGGACCUGUCUGUUCAUUGGUCAAGGUGUUAUGGUAUGCCUGUACUGCCAGGAGUGGUACGCCCAGAUUCACUGUCCUCGUACUGGGAAUACCUUCUGGGAGUUGGUCACACCCCGAUCUUGGUACUGCCGUUCCCAGGGAUGAAACCACCACAUACAGCUGCUACCAUCCAUAGGUGAAAACCCCCCAAAAAAUGUACAAAUCCCAUUUUUUCCGGUCUUCAAACUUUUUCUUCUACCCUUAUCUACAACUCAUGCCUGAUGAGCAUUUUAAAAUAUCCUAGAAUGAUGCACCUAUUAUUUUUAUCUAUAGAAAACAUAUGUAUUGUACAUGAAGCCUGUUUGUACUGAAUGUAAUUGACAUAAUUAAGGAUAUUUAUAAAAUGUUCAAAUGUUUUAUUGGUUCAAUUUAUGAGAUUUGAGUUUGUAAAUUGUAAAAAUACAGUGGCUCUGAAAAGUUUUCACACAAAUAAUACUUUUUACUUUGUAAAAAAAUGAAAUAAAAUAACAUAUAAUAUGCAGUUUUACCACAGAUCAGCACAAAAAGUCAAUGACAUUAAAGUGGAAGAUAAAAUAUACUCAUUAUUCUAAAUUAAUUAGAAAUACAAGAUAAAAAUUAACUGUUGCAUAAGUAUUUGCACCCUUUAAUAUUUUGUAGAGGCUGCAGUCAUGGCAUGAGUCUAUUUGGAUAAGUCUCUACCAGUUAGCACAUCCGGACAAAACAAUUUUGCAUAAUUUCUCAAACCCAUCAAGCAGGAUGUGGACCUUUGGUGAACAGCAAAUUUCAACUCUUUCCACAUAAUCUCAGUUGGAUUUACAGCUUGAUUUGACUGAGCCACUCCAGGACAUUGACCUUUUUUUUAAGCCACUACAGCAGCUUUGGCGGUAUGUUUGUGGUCUAUAUCAAGCUGAGUCGUCUCCCAUGUCCCAGGUCUCUUGCAGAUUUCAGCAGGUUUUCUUACAGGAUUUCUCUGUACUUUGCUGCAUCCAUUUUGCCCUCUAUCUUCACAAGCUUUCCAGGCUCUGAUGCUGAGAAGCAUCUUCAUACCGUGAUACUGCCCUCAACAUAUUUCCUGGUAGUAUAGUGGUGGCAGCUUGCCCGAAACAUAGUGCUUAUUUUUCACUUUGAUCAGUGGCAUACUUAAAUUUCAUGUUGUAACACAAUACCAUGUGGAAAAGUCCAAGGGGGUGAACACUUUCAAGAGCCACUGUAUUUGUUGAGUAAGGCAUUAAAAUAGACUUUGAGCAAACAUGCAGAAAUGACAGCUAUAAACUGUGUAAUUUAUCAAUACACCAUCAUAACUCAUCAUUUAAACCUUAAAAACGAAUUGAUGAAUACAAUAUCCGGCUGUGGAAGCUCAAUUUCUUGUCAAUCUCUACAGUUCCCAUCUCAAAACAAACACUGUGAAAAUGAUUUCAGCAAAUUCUUGCAGAUGGAGUCAACAACAGACCCAGCUGACUUCUAAGUUUCCCUCUCUGCCCAGAAACUAUAGCAGUACAUGGCAAAUGGGAGUUAUUUAUCAGCCAGCCUUGAACAACCAAAGACAUACUGUCCUUCCCCCAUUUCCGUUUUAACAUUGAUAAAAGGCGGAGUUUAUCAUUUUCUGUGUCAAAAAAAAAUCAUAUUAGAUUUGUUAAUAUAUGCUAUUGUCUGUUCAAGUGUAAUUAUUUAUGAAAAUACAGUAUUAAAUAUGUUUCUUAACAUUGCA